UUUUUCAAAUUUCUUCCCCUCUAAUAUAUACUUUUUUUCUAAGCCCUAAAAUGCCCUAUACAGUAUUUUUCACCCCAAAUGCUAAUUUUCAUUUCUGUCUUUUUUUGACUUUCUAAAUCUCACACUACUCUCAGGUCAAUGAUUGAAAAGGGGAUUUCAUAAGCAAUUUGAAGUUGAUUGAUUUUGUUAGGUUGUUGAAUUUGAUUAAUAAUGGAACAAGGUUUUGGUUCUGAUCCAAGUGGGUCUACCAUUGAUAAAACUAGGGUUUUAGAUGUGAAGCCUUUGAGAUGUCUUUCCCCUGUAUUUCCAUCUGCAAGUGAAAUGUCAUCUAUUACAACUCCACAACCCUCACCUUUUGUGUGUAUUACUCCCACUGGUCCGUUUCCGAGUGGGGUUACUCCAAUUUUUCCUUUUUUGUCUCCGGAUGAGCCGGUAAGGAUGGGUGAAAGUAGUCAACAAACUCCAAAUCAGGUGCCGAAUCAGGGGACUUUUGGUUUUGGGCAACCUAUAUCUCCAAUUCCUGUUAAUUCAUUUGGAAAUCAAACUGCAAAUGGAAGUAGUGGACAUGUUAAUAAUGUAGGAGACUCCGGUAGUGGAAAGAAAAAGGGAGGACCAAAAAAGCCUCGAAAAGUUCCUCCGGAGAAUGUUGUGGAAGUGGAUGUUGAACCUUUGUUAAAUCAAUUGCUGAUGUCUUUUAAACUUGUUGACUUGGAUCAGGCUAAGAAAGCUGAUGGUGACAAGGAGGUAGUGAGGAGGAUACUACUAGUUUUUGACUUGUUCAGAAGAAGGAUGACUCAAAUUGAUGAACCGAGGUAUGGUGCAGGUUCUGGUAGAAGGCCAGACUUAAAAGCUUCUAAGAUGAUGAUGUUAAAGGGAAUGCGUACAAACCAAACAAAGAGGAUUGGAAAUGUACCUGGGAUUGAAGUUGGUGACAUUUUCUUCUUCAGGAUGGAACUAUGCGUAGUGGGCUUACAUGCACCAACAAUGUCUGGGAUUGAUUAUAUGAGUCUCAAACUAACGAAGGAUGAAGAACCUCUUGCAGUCAGCAUAGUGUCUGCUGGAGGAUAUGACGAUGAUGGAGGUGAUGGAGACCUGUUAAUUUACACUGGCCAAGGUGGAGUCCAGAGGAAGGACGGGCAAAUGUUUGAUCAGAAACUUGAAAAGGGAAAUCUUGCUUUGGAAAAGAGUGUGCAUCGUGCCAAUGAUGUAAGAGUGAUUAGGGGUGUUAAGGAUGUUGCAAAUCCAACUGGGAAGAUCUAUAUUUUUGACGGACUUUAUAAGAUUCAGGGAUCAUGGGAAGAGAAAAACAAGACGGGCUGCAAUGUUUUCAAGUACAAACUUCUGAGAGUACCUGGGCAGCCUGAAGCAUUUAAAGUGUGGAAGUCAAUUCAACAAUGGAGGGAUGGUGUGGUAUCACGUGUUGGAGUCAUCUUACCAGACCUGACAUCUGGUGCUGAGAGUCAGGCAGUUUGUCUUGUAAAUGAUGUGGAUGAUGAGAAAGGACCUGCCUAUUUCACAUAUAUUCCUAGUCUGAAGUACUCAAAACCUUUCUUAACGCCUAGACCCUCUCUGGGUUGUCAGUGCAUCGGUGGCUGCCAACCAGAUGAUACCAAUUGCCCUUGUAUUCAGAGGAAUCAAUGCCUUUUGCCUUAUAGUUCACUUGGGGUUCUCAUGACUUACAAAAACUUGAUACAUGAGUGUGGUUCAGCUUGUUCGUGCCCUCCUAAUUGCCGAAAUCGUAUGUCUCAAGGAGGUCCUAAAGUUCGUAUGGAGGUCUUUAAAACAAAAAAUAAAGGUUGGGGACUUAGGUCUUGGGAUCCUAUACGAGGAGGCUGUUUUAUUUGUGAAUAUGCUGGAGAGGUCAGGGACAUUGGUUAUGACAGGGAUGACAAUUAUAUUUUUGAUGCAACCCGUAUAUAUGAGCCACUAGAAGCCGUGCAUGAUUAUAAUGAUGAGUCUCGGAAAGUCCCUUUUCCCCUUGUAAUAAGUGCCAAAAAUGGUGGAAAUAUUGCUCGAUUUAUGAAUCAUAGUUGUUCACCUAAUGUAUACUGGCAGCUUGUUGUUCGAGAAAGUAACAAUGAAGCAUAUUAUCAUAUCGCUUUUUUUGCCACUAGACAUAUUCCUCCCCUACAAGAGUUGACCUUUGAUUAUGGUAUGGACAAAGCAGAUCAUAGGAGAAAGAAGUGUUUAUGUGGCUCAUUCAAAUGUAGAGGUUACUUUUACUAGUGUUCAAGUUGCCAUGACGCAAAAGGAGUUAGUUGCUUAGGCACAAAUCUACUGGAUCAGGUUAUGUUUCCUUUGUUCAAAAGUAAAAAUUCUCAUUGUAACAAAUCAUUUUUCCUUUUCAAGGCAUGGUUAGUUAUUAUCAAGUGAACUUUGUUAUUUAAAGUAAUGAUAAUGUACUUUAUGUAAGUUGGUGAAUAUUUGAAGUUAUGUAAAGAUUUUAAAUAAUUUGUUGAAUA